CACUUUGCUCUGCGGUGAUCGACAGAGCAUGUCCUCCUCCGGCCGUGGGAUUUCUUCUGCUUCUUCAAACUUUCACGCCGAUAUUUCCAGUUUCUCACAGGUUAGCCCCCCCUAGUGGACAGCACGGGCAUUGAACAACUGUGAUUUAAAAAGGAAAAACCCUAAAGCCAUCAGCGAAGCAGAAACCCAGUGGCUUUCAGUUGAAGACGAGGACCACGCAAUCCCACAUCAAAGAAUAAGAAGAAAAGUUGCUUGUUAUCUUUUCCUGUGGAAUACACUUCACCACUUGUGUCUGUUUGUCAUCUCUGAUUCCAAAGAAGGCAGAUAUAAUGCAUUACCUGAGGACUAUAUGACAGCCUCUUGGUGGGCCGACCUUCAAAAACACAUCAGAGAAAGUGAAGACAAGACUGAAUCUAGCUCUUACCAAAGCUAAAAAAUGUCAACAGAGGCUUCCCACGCUGCCUAUGCCGCAGUGGCCCCGUCUGCGGUCCCCAUCACCUCCUCGGCGGGUCAGCUGCUCAGGAUGUUUCGUGAGUACCAGAGCAAUGCGGUCAUCAUGGAGCAUUACAACUUCACAGGCAAACUGAAGGAGAACAAAUACAAGGACGGUCUCAAACCAGAUGCGAUUGCCUUCCUGCUGGUCUGCCUGCUCAUCGUGCUGGAGAACGCUGUGGUGUUACUGGCUAUCUGGAAGAAUAAGAAGUUCCAUCUGCCCAUGUACUAUUUACUGGGCAACCUGACUCUCUCUGACCUGCUCGCAGGUUUCACCUACAUGGUGAAUAUUGUAACGUCUGGGGCCAACACAUUAAAGAUGACCCCGGUGUUGUGGUUUCUGAGGGAAGGGGGUGUGUUCAUCAUGCUGGCUGCCUCUGUCAUCAGCUUACUGGCCAUCGCCAUCGAGCGUCACGUCACCAUGGUGAGGAUGAAGCCGUACCAGGGGGCCAAACAAGGGCGGAUGUUUGCUCUGAUUGGAGCUAGCUGGGUGUUGUCCGUGUUCCUGGGAGUCCUGCCUGUCCUGGGUUGGAACUGUAUGGGUCGGCUGGACCAGUGCUCCACCGUCCUCCCCCUCUAUGCCAAGAGUUACAUCCUCUUCUGCAUUACUGUCUUCAGCGCCAUCCUGCUAUCCAUUGUGGUGCUCUACGUUCGCAUCUUUCGCAUUGUCAAGUCAAACACUCAGCGCCUCGGUUCAGGUCCACAGCGCAAAGGCUCUCAACGCAAGUCGCAGAAGUACAUGGCCCUGCUGAAGACUGUCACCAUCGUCGUGGGAGUCUUCAUUGCAUGUUGGCUGCCCCUUUUUAUCCUCCUGCUGCUUGACUUCUGUUGUCCAGCGAAAAGCUGUGAAAUCCUGUUUAAGGCAGACUAUUUUUUGGGCAUAGCCAUGUUCAACUCCCUUCUCAAUCCUAUCAUCUACACCCUGACCAGCAAGGACAUGAGGAAGGCCAUCAUUAGACUGCUCUGCCGACGCUGCCUCCUAACUAAAGAAGGAAAAAUGAAGAAGAUCGGGAUACCAUUUUUGGAGUGCAGCACUAGUAAGGCUGAUGCAGCCUCUCAUAGACUGGAGGGGCUGGAGACUACAGUGUCCUCUGGAAAUGUCACACCCUCUACUAUCAAAGCCAUCUACCCCAGGAUGUCUAAGGCAUGACUCAGUGGCAGGGUUUGACAGUAACUAUAUGGACUAAGAGUUGAAUCACCAGCAUUUCCAGGUUAUUUCUCUAAAAAUGUGUGGCAAGAUCAUCCACUACAGCAGAGAAAAACUCCAGGAAUCACGCUGUGUUGCACUCUGCAAUCAUUGUGGCAUUUUCCUCAUGAAGAGAUAAGCUUAAUGUAUCUGAUAGUGAGAAGUGCAAAAUCUGGAGGAAGGGCUUUUGGGCCAAACCUUUCAUGCCUAUUUACAUAAAACGGUAUUCAUUGAAAAAAUACCUUAUUUCAAGUGCAGUGAUUGGUAGUUUAUUGUUUAUACUGUGAAAACUGGUCCUACAUUUGUCUUUUAUAGACAUGAAAAAUGUUGGUCCUUACCCUUUUUAGUAUAGGCAUGAUGUAAAACAGAAGGAUUCCUUUCUAGAAAAACACCAAUUUAUUUAGUUUGUUUUGGACUUUGUACACACAAAAAUAUCACAAAAUCCUUUUCAGGAAGUUUUGACGUAAACACAGCCAGUUAUGCUCUAGAUUUGAUAGACUAUGGCCAGGGACCAAACAUGAGACUCAUCCUUAUCUCCUCUCCUUCUGAAGCACAUAAUGAUAUGUUGUUGCAAACAUGGAGCAUCCACGCCCAAAAUCUGCUGCCAAAACCAUGUAAUUUCUGUCAUCUGAACUUUGGUCGGCAGGAAUUCUGGGUUGAAGUCCCCUCGACCAAGAUCAGAGGCUCAGUGGCCUUGAGACGCACAGAAGACGUCAUAUGGAGGCUUGUGCUGGUUGGUUUGCACAGCUUUGGAGGUCCUUUCAACAGAUGUAGCAACGGAUGAUGAAUGAAUGAGAGCAAUAAGGCUGACAGUUGAGGCUUGUUUAUGCCCUCCAGCCUUAGUAAACUAGAAGAUAGCAGUCAUAUGCCAAAAAUUCACUGUAGCGUGUGGACAAAAACAAGAACCCUCUGAACCUUGUUUCCUGUUGUAUAAUGUAAAGCUCUUGUGCCAUCAUCAUCAUUAUCAUCAUUAUACUUAUGCAUUUUUCUGGUGAACUGUGGCAGAUGUGACCUCGACCCACGCUACAGAAACCUGUCAAAAAGCAGACCACAGACUGUGUGGGUUUCAAUGUACUAGAGGAGCUUGUCACUAGAUAAUAGUGAGGAGAUAUCAACACUUCUCUUGUUAUCAUGAUGUAUAUAAUGUACAAUGUAAAGAAAAGGAAGAAUAUGAGUACUUCAAAUAUUCUGUGUAAAUACGUAGUUUCUCUGAACCUAUCAGAGCAUUUGUAUAAUAAAGAAUUUACCUAAGUU